CCGAAGAAGAAGUGAAAGUUUGUUGUCAUUCCGGAUAAAUCGAGCCGCUGGGUGAGCAUCUUAAACCUGCUAGUAACUGUUAAACAUUUUAAGGCGGGUGGAGGCAGCAGUAUGUCGGUUCACUUUGAGGAGAGGAGCGGGGUUGUCCCCUGUAAGACACCGUGGGGGUCCUGGUACCAGACCAUGGAGGAGGUCUUCAUCGAGGUCCAUGUGCCUCCUGGGACUUCAGCUAAAGAGGUGAAGUGUCGCUUAGGAAGCAGGGAUAUCGAGCUGCAGGUCAGAGGGCAGGAGGUAUUUAAGGGAAGGCUGUACGACACGACCGUGUCUGACGAGGCUACGUGGACGUUGGAGGACAAAUGUCUCAUUCAGAUCGUCCUGAUGAAGACCAACAGAGAGGCGGGGAACUGCUGGUCCUCGCUGCUGGAGGGCGAGUACUGUGCGAACGCCUGGGUCCAGGACCAGAUGCAGAGAAAGCUGACACUGGAGAGGUUCCAGAGAGAGAAUCCUGGAUUUGACUUCAGUGGCGCAGAGAUUUCUGGAAACUUUGCUGGUGGGGGUCCAGACUUUUCCAGUUUACAAAAGUGACCGUCUCCUCCCUCAACUCACAGCAGUGGAUAGAGAAGUUUCCUUGAGGAAAACGAUGGAGUCUUUUCAAGACGGACAUAUUUACCACACUGCCUAGAUGUUGUUGACCGUAGAGACUCUUCCACAGGAACUUGUUUUUCUGGACAACGCUGCUCUUUAUACAAGACUAAAGGGACUAU